AAUUAAAAAAAAAAUCUUUUUUACUUUUAGUUUUUUGGAUUCUUCUGAAAUCAUUAAAAACCCACUUCUGUUUCAUGGAAGUAGCUUUACUCUGCGCUCUUGUUUGGGUUGGGAGGAACGAUUAUAGCAAACCCAAAAGGCUAUUGAAGCUUUUUAUUAACCUUCAGCAUUUCUUAUUGUAGUAAUCCUGGGUUCUGUCUUCAGGAUUUGAAAGAGACUGGUUUGUUUGAUAAUUGUGCUAAGGUUUAAACCCUAUUCUGAACGAUUUUUCUGCUUGAUCACCGAGUAUUCGACUAAAGUCUUGUUAGUUUCUCCUCUUUUUUCUUCUCCAGCAUAAUUCAGUUGAUUUUCGAAAGGAAAAACCAGGGAAUGCUGCAAGAUGUAUCUGAGUGCUCAGCGUUCUCUCUCUGAAGUAUUUGAUGUUGCAUAUUUACCCCAUUUGCCAUUCCUCAUCUUUGAUGAAACUGAGCGCAUAAAUUGCAGCUCCCUUUCUCUCAGUGCCCAAAAGCAAGAUGGGUCAGUAGAGCAUAGAAUUUGUUGUGUGUUCAUACAUUACUUGUGUGGGGACGGUUGAGCUUCUUCUACUAUUUAGAACCCCUGCUCUGUAAAUAGCAUAUAUUGUAUAAGCAGACGAGACUCGGGCUUUAUUGUGUGUUAGCUUUUGUUUAUUGGGAUGGAGAGUAAAGGGGCUGUGUUGAUGAACAGAUAUGAAUUAGGAAGAUUGCUAGGGCAAGGUACCUUUGCUAAGGUUUACUAUGCCAGGAAUCUUAAAACUGGCCAGAGUGUGGCCAUUAAAGUGAUAGACAAAGAGAAGGUUGUGAAGGUUGGGCUCAAAGAUCAGAUCAAGCGAGAAAUAUCUGUUAUGAAACUGGCUAGACACCCUAAUGUUUUGCAGCUUUAUGAGGUUAUGGCCACCAAAAGUAAGAUCUACUUUGUUAUGGAAUAUGCUAAAGGUGGUGAGCUCUUUAAGAAGGUGGCUAAAGGGAAGCUAAAGGAGGAAGUUGCAUGGAAAUAUUUUAGGCAGCUGAUUGAUGCUGUUGAUUUCUGCCAUAGCAGGGGAGUUUAUCACCGUGAUCUGAAACCGGAAAACUUAUUGUUGGAUGAGAAUGAUAACCUAAAGGUCUCUGACUUUGGAUUAAGUGCCAUGGCUGAAUGCAAGCAUCAAGAUGGGCUACUCCACACCACUUGUGGGACUCCUACCUAUGUUGCUCCUGAAGUGAUCAACAAAAAAGGCUAUGACGGGGCCAAAGCUGACAUUUGGUCUUGUGGGGUGGUCUUAUUUGUCCUACUGGCGGGUUAUCUCCCAUUUCAUGAUUCAAAUUUGAUUGAAAUGUAUAGGAAGAUUAGUAAGGCAGAGUUUAAGUGCCCUAAUUGGUUCUCACCAGAUGUACGCAGGUUGCUUCAAAAGAUAUUGGAUCCAAAUCCCAAUACUAGAAUUUCCAUUGCCAAAAUCAAGGAAAGUUCUUGGUUCAGAAGAGGAUUGAAAUCCAAACAGAUAAAAUCUGAAACAGGAAGCAAGGACAUGGCUCCUUUGGAUUCAGAUGCAGCUUCGGGUCCCUGCAAAAGUAAUGGUAUGGCUUCUGAAGCAAAGCAAGAGUUAGCCAAACCUACAAACCUGAAUGCUUUCGAUAUCAUCUCUAUUUCUGCUGGUUUUGAUCUGUCUGGCUUGUUUGAGGAACCUUGUCAAAAGAAAAAGGCAAUAUUUACUUUCAGAAAACCUGCUGCUGUCAUCAUCUCUCGACUGGAAGAAAUUGCCAAGCAUCUGAGGCUGAAAGUGAUGAAGAAGGAUGCAGGUUUCAUGAAAUUUGAGGGCCUGAAGGAAGGUAAGAAAGGAAUCUUGUCCAUUGAUGCAGAGAUUUUUGAGGUGACACCAUCUUUUCAUUUGGUGGAAGUAAAGAAGUCUAAUGGAGAUACGUUGGAAUAUCAGAAGCUACUGAAAGAAGAUAUAAGACCUGCUCUCCAAGAUAUCGUUUGGACUUGGCAAGGUGAGGAGCAGCAGCAACAACAGCAGCUUUCCUGACUGUUCUUAUAUAGUCAGUUCUUUCAUGGGGAAUGAUAUAUUCUGUUUGGUUGUGUAUCUUCAUAAUCUGCCGUUUCUAAAUCUUGUCUUCGCCCUUAGUGUAGUCUACCUAUUUAAAUAGACUCUGUUCUUUUGGUGCUUGUGCUUUAUAACUUCUUUUGUCAAACAGAUUGUGAUAUCUUUCAAUCACUUCCUCUUGCUGUUCUUUGUCUGUUUUAUAAGUUUACCAGCUAUGCUUUUCCUGAA